AUGUCAGCCCAGAAGCCCACCGCAGUCCUUAUCAUUCAUGGAGGUUACUUCCUCCCUGCUGCUUGGAAUGCCUUCAGCGAUCGACUACGCCAGGCGGGGCUCGUUGUCCAGUGCCCACGUCUACCAUCUUGCGGCGAUGAGCGCCCGCCCACUGCCGCCAUAAAGCACGAUGUCGCGGCGGUUCGCAAAGCAGCUCAGGAUCUCAUCACUUUGAAUCACUGUUUUCUUGUCCUCGCCCACUCCUAUGGGGGAAUGGUUGCAUCAGAAGCGAUUCGCCCCGAUCUAUACGCCAGCAAUGGCAAGGGGGUCGUGGGCCUUGUCCUUCUCAGCUCUUGGCUUGUUCAGCCAGGCGAUACGCUCAUGAGCGUUAUUGACAAGUACGGCUUCCAAUGUAAAGUGGAUCUCGGGAAUAACGGGGACGGCACUGUUUUCGCAAAGAAUGCGCCCGAGUCGUUCUAUAAUGACAUCGAAUUGACGGAAGCCGAAGAACUGGCCAAAGGCAAUGUGACCCACAACUGGCUUGCAGCUUCGGCUGAGAUUUCGGGUGCUCCUUGGAAAGAUCUGCAUACGACCUACAUUCAUUGCGCCCAGGAUCUGGCGAUCAUGUUGCCGCUACAGCAGAGCAUGGUUCAGGAUGCCGUAAACGCGGGGGGCAGACUGACUAUCAAAACUAUUGACUCGGGCCAUUGUCCAUUCUUGAGUCAGCCAGAGACAGUGAUCGGCAUCGUGAAUGAGGUGAUGGAAAAUGUCAGCUGA